AUGCGCUUAACGUUACUGUUUUUGGUAGCUGUUUUGGAUCUGGUAUCCGGAGACAGAACUGUGAAAGCGGCUGCCGACAGGGUUGAUCAACUACCGAACAUCUCAUUCGAGAUUAACUAUGAACAGUUUGCUGGUUAUUUAAAUUCGACUGUUGGCAAUGAACUAUAUGCACUGCACUAUUGGUAUAUAGAAUCACAGUACAAUACCAGCAGUGAUCCACUCAUAUUGUACAUUAAUGGCAUACAAUGCAGUUCAAUUUACGGUAUGAUUAUGGACAUCGGUCCAUUGCGCUCGUAUGGCGAACAGCAACCAAUGUACGAGAAUGUUUUUUCAUGGAACAAGGUGGCUAAUCUCUUAGUUAUUGACGCUCCUGGUGUGGGAUAUUCUGCACCGGUUGCAGAAAGUUUUAACGAUGAGAAGGUCUCUUCUGCUCUGGAGAGCGCUUUGACCAAUUUCUUCACCGUCUUCCCUGAACGCAUCGGUAAUCGAUUCUAUUUGGCUGGUGAAGGCUAUGCUUCUGUCUAUGUGACAAAUGUUGCGUGGAAAAUUCUACAAAAAUUGGCUGUCAGCCAACUGCAGAUCAAUGUUCAGGGAUUAUUGAUUGGAAAUGGAUUAGUGAGCGCUCAGACAGAGUACAAUACUUUGCUGCCCAUUGCUUAUACACAUGCAUUCGCUGGGAAAGAUCAAUGGGAUGACCUGCGAUCGGCUUGCUGCACUGGGCAGUCUACGAUGUCAUGUGAUUUCUACAAUAGUCCUAACGCCACCUGUCAAACAAAGGCUAAAAGCGCAGUGUCGACUUGGAUAGAUACCCAAGUCAAUCAGUUGAAUUUGUAUCAAGAUUGUUACCGUCAAUAUAUUAGGCUUCAAACCAAUAAGGAGUUGUUAGGGUUAUCCAACAACUAUGACUCGUCCGAUCCUUGGGAUGGAUACCCGUGCAGAGCGGAUGAUUCCACUCGAUCCUACUUGGAGUACGGACCUGUUGGACAUGCUCUCCAUGCUAACGUUCCCUUUCAAACAUGCGCGCAUGAAGGUUACGAGCCAUUAUCUACCGAUCUCACCGUUUCUUUAUCAAAUGUGUUCAACCACAAACUUUAUUCUAGUCGUAACAUGUCGAUUUUAUUCUACAAUGGUGACUUGGACACACAGAACAAUUUCCUAAGCGCUCAGAACUUUCUGCGAAACUUUGCCGCCAAUCAAGGAUUAUCGGUUGUCACUGAAGACACGUGGAAUGCAAACUACUAUCGCGGAAUCUACGCGAACACUGACGGAGGGCUGCGAACAAUCUAUUCUGGGAACCUGCAUGUCCUUUCCAUUCGUGGUGCUGGUCAUUCUGCAGCUUUGACGCGACCCGCGCAGACAUUGCAAGUCGUGCGUAACUUUGUGCGUGGACUGGGUUAUGACAACUGCCUGAGUGCAGUGAAUCUCGGUGCUGCACCGCUUGUAGCGUUCUAUGCUCCACAACUUAAUCCAAACACCACAAGAAAGGACGCUGACAGGAUAAUUAACCUCCCGGGACUAACAUAUGAUAUAAACUUUUAUCAAUAUUCUGGAUAUCUCCGCGGUUCAGACACUCAUAGACUGCAUUACUGGCUUGUAGAGAGCCAGAACUAUCCUGUGACCGCUCCGCUUUUGCUUUGGUUAAAUGGAGGUCCCGGUAGCAGCUCCGUCUGGGGUAUGCUGACAGAAAACGGACCAUUCCGUCCGAAUAGGGAUGGAAAAACGCUCUACGAGAACGUCUACUCGUGGAAUAAGUUUGCCAAUGUACUGUACCUGGAGGCCCCACACAAUGUUGGCUACUCUUAUUCCACACAACCGAAUGACAACGCCUACACCGACGACCAAACUGCCGAUGAGAAUUUCAACGCGCUGAAGGAUUUCUUCAAUAUCUACCCUCAUUAUGCGAAUAGAGAAUUUUUUGUGACUGGUGAAUCUUAUGCAGGAGUUUAUAUUCCCACAUUGGCAAGAAGAAUACUGCAGGGAAUUUUCAAACAAGAGCUUCAAAUUAACUUUAAGGGUAUUGCAAUAGGAAACGGUGAACUAACUACGAGGCACCAGGUUAACUCGGCGAUUUUUCAGCUCUACACUUACGGAUUAGUCGGAAGGAUCGAAUACGAUGCUCUAACUGCGAGAUGUUGCCCGGACAUUGUGGACACAACGAAAUGUGAUUUCUAUACACCGUAUAUCUAUUUCGAUUAUCUGGGAAACUAUCACGCAAAAGAUGGAGCUGAUCAGUGGUGUGCACAGCAGAUUCUAAAAAUCGUUAAUGAUCAAAUCUGGACGUCACUUAAUGACCCAUACAACAUCUAUCAAGACUGUUAUCAGACGCCUGUGGACAACUCGUCCAACGUAAAUGAGGAGAUUUCCGUGAGCCCGUACGUUAACAAAAUCUCGUCUGACGCCCUAAAUGGUUUCCCAUGUUGGUGUGAUGAGGCAGCUACUGUGUACAUGAAUCAGCCAGAAGUGAGAAAAGCCCUGCACAUUCCAGACUCCGUAGGAACAUGGCUCACUUUCAAUUCUGUUAUUAACGCUAAGUAUUAUAAUCGCAGCUACUUUGAACUCGACGGAGAAUUGAAGUUUAUUUUGACAAAUUAUAUUUAUAAGAGUACUAAUAUGCGAACGUUGAUAUACAACGGUGACGCUGAUCAAGUCUGUAAUCAUUUGGGAGACCAAUGGUUAAUUGAGGAAAUUGCUGCCAAUCUGACGCUUUUGUUUUUGUCUUGGAAAGUAUUUGUUCUCGAUUUUAUCCUAUUUAUUGUCAAUUUUCCGAGCCAACAACGUGAACCGUGGUUCUACAGUGAAACAACACGCGAUAGACCUCAGUUAGUAGGAUAUAAAAAAGAGUUCACUAGUAAUCUGCAACUGGUGACAGUAAAAGGAUCCGGACAUCUGGUUCCAAUGGAUCGGCCGGCACCAGCGUUGUUAAUGAUCUACAAUUUUGUCAUGGCCCCUUCUCCACAUCUGAACAGUCUGCCAUUCUCCCUGACUCCUGCCCCACUAAAGAUGGAGUAUACAGGACUAGGCACAUGCUCGGGAACGACUUAUCCAAUACCGUCGCUACUACCAACAAUACAAAUGCCGACUUUACCUUCAAUGGAUGAAGAAUUUAUCGAAAAACAUGAGGUGCUGCUAAACACGGAUCCGUCUAAUCUAACGAGCAAGGCGUUAACGGACAUGAUAACCAAUUUACCUGGUCUCACUUUUAAUGUGACCUUUCGCCAGUUUUCUGGAUAUCUUACGUCACCUGUGUAUCCACAAAACCAUCUAUUCUACUGGUUUAUGGAAUCGCAGAAUGAUCCUGUAAACGAUCCAGUCGUCCUAUGGCUCAAUGGUGGUCCUGGAUGCAGUUCAUUGGGUGGACUUUUGGAAGAACUUGGACCCUAUCACAAUAAUGACGAUAACGCCACAACUCUGUAUGAGAAUGUAUAUUCGUGGAAUAAGAUGGCGAAUGUACUGUUCUUAGAAGCACCCGUUGGUGUUGGCUUUUCGUACACCGAUGAUUCCAAAUACUAUUGGUCAGAUGAUACGACAGCCGACAAUAACGCACAGGCCAUAAAAUACUUCUUUGAAGUCGUCUUUCCUGCAUAUAAACACAACGAAUUCUUUGUGACGGGUGAAAGUUAUGCCGGAGUCUACGGGCCGACAUUGUCGUUGAGAUUAGUGCAGAUGAUCGACGCUGGUACUCUGGAUCUCAAUUUUAAGGGGAUGGCUAUUGGAAACGGUAUACUGAGUGAAUACUUGCAAGACAACUCAGAGAUACCGCUUCAGUACGGAAGAGGAUUCAAUGGUGUUGAUGACUGGAAUUCGCUCUAUACUUCCUGCACAGACAAUAUCACUAAUCCAAUCUAUUUCAACUACUAUGGUGCACGUUUUGGAUCACAGUGCUAUGCCGCGCAAAAAAAAUUCGAAGAGUUUGGGGUGUUCAAUGAGGAUCCUUACAAUAUGUACCAAGACUGCUAUCAACAACCAUGGACCAGAUCGUCCAGGAAAUUGGCAAAAAUUGCAGGGAGGGGGCGAACAGCUGCUUUAAAGCGAAAUGCUGCUUUGGGAGUCAACUCAACGCAAGCGUCACCUAUGUUUACCGACAACAAUGCUAAAUCGUGGUACGGCUCCACAGACGCGUUCCAUGGUUUCGCAUGUUUCAACGAUGACACCAUGGAAGUAUACUUGAACCGAAAAGAGGUGAUAUCGGCUAUUCACGCACAACUUGUCAACCGAAGCAAGUGGACCGAUUGUAGCAAUUUGGAUUACCAUCAAGAAAAAGUGUAUUAUGAUAUGUCGAGCACCAUACACGGAAUAAUGAAUUCGAAGACCUACUUAGCUAACGAUAUGCGCUUGAUGUUCUACAAUGGUGACGUGGACACUGUGUGCCAAUUUCUUGGUGAUCAGUGGUUUAUUGAGGAAUUAGUUGCUACCAGAAACCUUACUGUUUUUUACGAACGGCAACAAUGGACUUAUCAGCAAUCCCCACAGUUCAUGCCCACUUUGGCUGGGUAUGCGAAGGCAUGGUCUCACAAUCUCGUACAGCUUACAGUUAAGGGUUCCGGCCACUUUGUACCGAUGGAUCGUCCUGCUCAAGCGCUUCAAAUGCUUGUCAAUUUCUUAAGAAACAAUGCUAAUUACAGCACUCCUAUUUUUGAUGUAGAUACUACUCCAAAACCCGUAGUCGGCGGUAACAGUGCCCCUACAUCGACGCAGAAUUGCACACGCAAGGAAUCCGAUCGAAUCUUCUCGAUGCCUGGCCUAGACGGUGAUCUGUCGUUUAGGCAGUACUCCGGAUACCUUAAAGGAUCAGACACACAUAUGUUGCAUUACUGGCUAGUAGAGGCAGAACUCGUAAGUCCAGCUGAUGCUCCCUUGCUCCUUUGGCUCAACGGGGGACCAGGGUCAAGCUCUUUGGAAGGUUUAUUUUUCGAGAAUGGGCCUUUUAGGAUCGGUAAGGACGGCUUCACUGUAACAAGGAAUCCAUAUUCAUGGAAUAAGUUCGCUAAUAUUCUCUAUUUGGAGUCUCCAGUAGGAGUUGGGUAUUCUUAUUCAACAGAUGGCAUUCUACCGCAAUACACAGAUGAAUUGACGGCUGCUGAAAACUACGCAGCUGUAGUAGACUUCUUCAACCUUUAUCCUGAGUAUCGUACUCGACCUUUCUACACCACCGGGGAGUCCUACGCUGGCGUCUACAUCCCUACUCUAGCAGCUCUGCUAAUCCAAAGUAUCCAGAACGGAACGCUCAACAUAAACUACAAAGGCUUAGCUGUAGGAAAUGGUGUGCUCAACAAACAUACUGAUAUGAACUCAUUGUUCCAUCUCUCCUACUACCACGGACAAAUAACACACAACACCUACAAGACCGUGAUCUCCCUCUGCUGUGACCCUGUGACCGAUGAGAUGGACUGCCGUUUAGAUUCGCAUAUUACGUCGUUCAAUAACAUGAUUCCUGGUGGAGAUCCAAAUGAUCAAUGCUACAAUUAUAUGAUCCAGCAGGGGAUCAAUAUUUUACUUACGGAGUUCGAUCCCUAUAACCUAUACCAACAAUGUUAUACCAUGAAAACUAGCAAUGCUACUGCACCAGUUGGAGAUACAUGGAGUGGAAACAACUACGAUUCGUCGGAUCCGUAUAUGGGCUACUAUUGCUACAUGAAUGAUGCUCUCGUCAGUUACAUGAACUUAAAUUCCGUAAAAAGAGCACUCCAUAUCCCUACCAGCACUUCGAAAUGGAAGGCAGAUGGAAGAAUGAUUGCCAUAUAUAACCAGACAAACCCUACUGCACAACCGUCGUUCGACUAUAUCAUCAACAGUUUGUACUACACUGCUAGCAACUUCACCAUACUUCUAUACAGCGGAGAUGUAGAUACAAUGUGUAAUUGGAUGGGUGUAGAAUGGUUUACCACGCAGUAUUUCAGUGGCACUCUCGGUCUUGGAUUACCAUCAAGACAACCGUGGAGCUAUCAGAUUGAUCCGCGUUACUAUUCAACCUUAGGUGGAUAUGCGAGAAGAUAUGCAAAGAAUAUUGACGUUUUAACUGUCAAGGGAUCCGGUCACUUCGUGCCAUUGGAUCGUCCGGCACAGGCACUUCAGAUGAUGUACAACUGGAUCCUGGGGAAUGACUACAGUACUCCGUUUAUGCAAAUGCCCGCAACCAUAUCUACACUAGGAACGACAACAAGUGGUGGAAGUACCAACGGUCGUACCAGUAGUAGUAAACCUACAGGAGGCGGUGGAAGCAGUGCUGUAACCAGUGUUGUAAGGAGUACUACUAGUGGAUCUACAGUAACGUCCGUUGCUAGCACCACGACUGCAACGAAUACAGGCAGUACGCAAACAGCUCCAUCCAGUACUUUUGCACAAACGACAACGAAUACAGGCAGUACGCAAACAGCUCCAUCCAGUACUUUUGCACAAACGACAACUGAAAAUGCAUCAUCAAUACUAAUACUGCAGAGUGUACUGGUCGUAGCUCUAUCGUACUUCUUAUUGCUGUAA